GGUUGUAGAAGGUGGUGGCUCGUAUCGAAAAUAUGCCCUCUAAUCGGGGGAGUUUUUGGUAUAGUAGCAAAUGCCUUGUGUAUAUGUUCUCUUACACAGGAUUGGAGGGAAUAUAGGCCUACUCAGGACUUACAAGAUAAAUUUCAAAGAAUUAAAAACCCGCCAUGGCUUAUUACAAUUACUUCAAUAUGUUUUGGAUGCGGCCUGAUGUCAAACUUGGUGUUAUUCUUAAAUUUGAGUGGCCGACUUUCUUUCGUCUUUGCGCAAGCGACUACAGUUAUAGGGUGGUUAUUAUCUUCUCUAGUCUUUGGUGUUUUAAUCAUUGUUUACGCUCUCCAGAGUCCUCGGACCCAACGGCCUGGCGAAUACCUUUUUACCCAAGGGUUUUAUUACGCGAUCAUGUCAACGGGGCUGUAUUUCUUCAUUUCUGUGGUUAUGACUUUUGUUUUUGUCGGUGCGCACAAGAAGUAUUAUACGAAGAAAUUCAGGCUCGGAAAGAUGGAACGGACCCUCCUUCUACUACAACUCGGGUUGAUGAUCUACCUCCUUCUCGGGGCACUUGUUUUCUCAACAAUCGAGGGUUGGCAAUUCCUAGAUGCGGUAUUCUGGGCAGACUUCACGCUCUUAACGAUUGGUCUCGGGGGUGACCUCACGCCGAAAACCAACUUAGGACGUUCACUAUUCAUUCCCUACGCUGUCAGCGGCAUAACAAUAGUAGGUUUGAUGGUAAAUUCCAUUGGUGAAGUUCUGAAUACCGCGAAGAAGGGAAUACAAGAGCAAGCUCUCAAGAAACAAAUUCAAAGGAUAGAAGUUCGGAUCCUUCGAGAUGGAGUAUCAGCAAGUAAGAAGUUACAAAAGACACAUCCAUCGAGAAGUCAGAAUGAAUAUGAAUUUAACGUCAUGCGAAAAUUGCAGGGAACUACAGCAAGGAAGUGUAAAUGGAUGGCUUUGACAUUCUCAGUUCUCGCGACCUUAACCCUAUGGUUGGUUAGUGCGGCAAUUUUCACAGUGGCCGAGAGAGAAAACCAAUGGACCUUCCCCAUAUCGGUUUAUUUCACUUCCGGGGCACUUCUCACCAUUGGAUACGGGGACUUUAUGCCAUCGACGAACUCAGCCAAACCGAUUUUCGUCCUCUGGACUUUGUUCGCUAUUCCGAUUAUUACAAUUACAAUCAGCAAUUCAGCGGACACUAUUAUUAAAGAGUUUCAAGGCUUUGUCCUUUUCAUCGGGUCGUUAACGAUAUUGCCAGGGCAGGAUGGUUUAAAGAAGGUGGUUAAGUCCUGGUAUCUCAAGUUCACCAGAGAUCGGACCCCUGUAGGAGCUUGUGUAUCAACCACGCACACAGCCAACGGGCAUCAAAAAAGCAGCGAGAAAGGAAGGAUGGAAAAAAAAGAAGUCGACCACAUUGCUGAGCGAGAUACUUAUUUCUACUACCACAUCAUUCCUAAGGAACUUUGCAAGGUCCUAGAAGAGAGUACAGUAUUUCCACAAAAGCAGUACGGAUACGAGGAAUGGCUAUACUACUUGAGCUUGAUUCGCAUGGGUAAGUGGGUAUGCCUGACCCAAGAAAGGCAUCGCGAGGGAAACAUUGAGGGAAAUUGUGGAUAUGCAAAGCCACAGGAGACCAACUGGCUGAGCCAGGCAAGUCCACUGUUAAGUUCAAAUGAAGCGGAAUGGAUCCUCCAGGGGCUUACAGUGGUGCUAAGAAAGGGGCUUGAAAAGAUGGUGUCGCCUUCUGAGUCUUCCAAAUUUCAGAUGAGUGAGAUUGGAGGCUGCAGCAAAAAUGUGACUUAA